CUUUGCAUGGCAACAAGCAGUAACAUCCUAUUGUCAACACUGACUUCCUGUGCCUUUUCAAUAUGGGAUCAUUAUGUGUGUAUGAGUCCAAACAUUUGCAGUGUGAUGUAUUGUGUUUCAGUUGUAGUAUUGAGUUGGCUGCUUGCAUCACUGUGCGGUGGUGACGUGCGGCGUCUGGGAGCUGUCCCAGGAAUCAUGGUGCUGAAGCUGCAGCACCGAUUCAGCAGCCAAUGAUCACAGGAGAAACCGGGGCUACGGACGCGUUCACCUAGAGCAGGACAGUCCGACAAUCGCGUUGGAUUUUAACGCUCGGAUUUAAACCCUUUGGCUCGUCCCUCGGUCAUGGAAAUUCGAUAAAUCGGGAUGUAAGCUUCACACAGACUUGCCAAGCGACCUGCAGUCUGGCUGGGGAUCCAUGAAAAAAUCCUCAAACUGUGAGUCGUAUAGAAAUCGGUGUAGCUCGCCAGCUGUUCCAUUUCUUGAACUUAAUGGCUUCAGACACUUGUUUGCAUCAAUGGGAUUUAUUUGCCUUUUGGAUUUGCGUCCUUUUUGGAACACAAUAAAAGACACUGAAUCUGAAUUGACGGAUAUCAACAAAUAAAACUUAAAAAAACAAAAUCCCAUCAAGCACCGGAACGCUCCUGCUCCUGCCCCUGCGACAUCUCACGACAUAUGAAGUGUUUGCUUAUGACGGGGUCACGUACAGUACAUGCUGUUUUCUUCCUGCACCUUUUCAUGGUGCUGUGAGUUUCUGGCCGGAGACAGGCUGAUGCUGCGCAGCCAGGGCAUGCUGAAGAGCCGCUGUUGCGUCUUGCUCGGUGACCUGAGGGUGCUCCUGCUCGGGCCACCGGCACCGCCGACACCGCUGCCUCCGCUGACCCCCAUGAGCAGCCAAGCUACCGAGAGCCAUGAGACAGGCGUCACCGUCCCCGACAACAACAAUACGUUAACUCGGAGCCACCAGCACGCAGGGGACCGGGUUGUUCCACCUGCAGCGGGAGCCACCGGGUCACCGGGCGGAGAGCGGUCAGUGGCGGGCUGGGUGGAUGCUGCAGAGCUGUCGGCGGCCCUGCGCGGCUGCAGCAGCUCCUCUGAUGACUGCUCUAAGGGCAAACUGGAGGAGAGGUUCUCCCUUACCAGCUACACGGAAAGUGGCUUCAGGACGCCUGUGUGCAGGAUCUGCUUCCAGGGACCAGAACAUGGGGAGCUCCUGAGCCCAUGUCGGUGCAGUGGGUCAGUACGCUGCACCCACCAGCCCUGCCUCAUCAAGUGGAUCAGUGAGAGAGGGUCCUGGGCCUGUGAGCUUUGCUACUACAAGUAUCAGGUCAUUGCCAUCAGCACCAAGAACCCACUCCAGUGGCAAGCCAUCUCCCUGACAGUGAUCGAGAAAGUGCAGAUAGCAGCAGCCAUCUUGGGAUCACUGUUCCUGAUGGCCAGUAUCUCCUGGCUAGUGUGGUCGUCUUUCAGCCCGUCGGCCCGUUGGCAACGUCAAGACCUCCUUUUUCAAAUCUGCUACGGCAUGUAUGGCUUCAUGGAUGUAGUCUGCAUCGCACUAAUUGUCCAUGAGGGACCUUCUGUGUUUCGCAUCUUCCACCGCUGGCAGGCUGUCAACCAGCAAUGGAAGGUCCUGAACUAUGACAAGUCUAUGGACAGCGAUGACCUGAAGGACACCAGUGUGGACAGGACUCUGUCUCAGCCCGGACAGGGGUAUCAGACUGGGAUAGGGGUGUCCACCUCAACUUCCUCACUGAUGGUGGUAGCGUCCACAGCCGCCGGUUCUACUUCUACAACGGUAGUCACGGCCUCAGCAGGACUGGAAACACAUGUUGACCCCAGCAGCGGCAGCGCGGUACCAGACCAACACUGUCCCUACAACAUCCUCCACCUCCUCAGCCACCUGAGGCAGCCGGAGGCUCGCGGCCAACCCAGCAAUAGCACACGAGAGCUGGUCAUGCGAGUCACUACAGUCUGAUAAGUCAGUUGAGGCCUUAUCUCAUGCGACGGGGGAAGAUUUAUGAACCAGCGGACAUGGUCUUAUCUUAACUGCACUGGAUUAAUACAAUGUUCUUGUUUGUUUCAAAAUGCAUCUCUGAUGUCCUUACAUGGAUUGAAUAAAAGUCAAAGUUGUUUGAUUUGCA